AUGGCUUGUGUAUGCAGUCGAGGCAAGCAUGAAUCGUCCCACAUGAUAAUCCGUCGGAACCAUGACAACAAAAAAAAAUGGGCAAAAAAAAUUCUUCAAGUGCAUACUACCCAUUUGGGCUUUUCCAACUUUGCCGCUUGGCCGGCGGGUGGGUGCACCUUGGAGGUGAUGAGCAGCUUGUACCUGUUAGCCAAAGAUACUUUCUCCCAGUUUCAAUUGCCGGCGUUUAACCAGUUUAAUCAGAAUCGGCACAACCUUUUCGAGAGAACAGUUGCUGAGCGUGCAGAAUUCAAAGCAGAUGUCCAGCUCUCAAAGAAAGACUGCAAGGCAAACCUUUUCCCUGAUCGAUGAAAUCUUGUCAACCAUAUUGCCCCGCCGUUCAACC